GAAGUAAACCGUAAAUAUACGAUAGGUUAUAAAAAUAUAAAUAAAAAUUAGAACGAUAAAAAAACCAAAGAAAAAACUCAUUUUAUUAUAAAAAUAAAAUGGAAGGUUUAAUAGAGGACGCUUCAAACAUCCGUAACGUCUUACCGUGGAUCGAAUCCGAAGAAGAAAUUUUAUUUUUUCUAAAAAAUAUUCCUCCAGAUCAUUUUCAUUUAAGAAUACCGUUGGCAUUAAGUCAUUUUUUGAAUAUUAGAGACCAAAAUGAAGAAAAUACUGAAUUAAAUAUCGAAAGAGACGCCAGAAAUAUAGUCGUACUCCUACCCGAUACCCCGUAUAUUCUUAUUAAAAACUGUCUUAGGGAAUUGGGUAAUAUUUCUAAUCGUAAAGAAGUGGUAGUAAAACAAUUUUUAAAUAAACGGCCUGAAUUAAAAAACGUAUUAGCCGAACUAAAUAUUCAUAAUUCGAAUGAAAAACUUGAUGUAAACAUAAGAAAACGAAAUAAUCCAGUAGAUCCUGAACAUAACAAAUUAGAUAGUGAUAUAACUCAAAUUAAAAUUAGAAAAGUCGAGGGUUCUAUACAGGAAGUUUCUAACAUUGGACAAGCGCCUGAUAUCAGAAACAUACCGUGUAGUUCGACUACAAGUGAUUGUUCAAAAACCAAUCCAGUUGUAAUGAAUAACGAAAUAUUACAGACUUAUAACCUAAUAGAUAAUUUAAGAGAAGUUUCUCAUGCUGCGGAAGAUACGGUUAAAAAAAUAUGCACAGAAAUGAAUGUAUCCACUAAUGAAAAACCAGAUGUAACAGUAUUAAACAAAAUAUUGAACAAAAUUUACGACGAAUCUAUUAUAGAAGUCGACGAUAACGAUAGUAGUACAACUGUCCUUAGCGAUUUCAGCGCUAUUAAUUCCGAUACCGAAAGUUUACCAGAAAUACCCAAAGAUUAUAGUACCAAAGAUAAUAAUAGACCGUUAAUCAAACCGGCUACAUUGGUGUUUAAUAGUGAAAAUAAACCCUCGCCGUCGACAUCGACCCAUUCCACCACCCCUUAUCAAUAUAACCGAACCCCAGUACCGGCCAUGCCCCAGGAAUACCUCGAUAGAAUCGCUCCCAAUAACGAAAUUAUAAAAAAAAACGACGAUACCGAAAUACGAAACGUCCCGAUCGACGAAGAAACAAAAAAUUACGACGAAAAAUUAGUUUUGCGAUUAAUAGAAAUAUUUCCGGACUCGUGUCCCAAAUACCUGAGGGAAAUAUGCGAUGGAAAGGAAUGGGAGGAUCUCGACGAUAUAGUGACCGUAAUAUUAUCCAAGGAACAUCCGAAAAGACCCCAAAGGAUACCGAGUCCCGUUAAGGAAGUCGACGUUGAGGAACAGUUGGAAAUAGUGAAAGCUCUACUCCCCGACGCGGAUCCGACGUACCUGCGAUGGAAAUGCGAAUCGAUAGGCAACGACGCCGACGAAUUGAACGCGUUCGUAAACGAAGCCAGAGAAAAGAAGAAUUACCCCACGAUGAAGGAAUACCUGAGAAAACAAAAAUUCACCGCGCAAUCCAAACAAUACACGACCGAUUUCAAUCCGGACAGUUUCGUCGAGUUGUUUCCCGAACCGGAGAAAACGUUCAGGGAUCCGAAGAGGACGGUGUCGGUGGAUAAUUACGCGGCGUUGUAUAUUUGCAAUUUUUUCCAAACGCGCUACGAUCGAUUACCGUUGAAGACGAUCCGAUCGAUAUUGGCGUCGAACGAUUACCGCAUCUCGAUAUCCGACGACGAAAUGUCGAGACGCACCGAACGCGGUCCGUUGCUGAAGUCUCGCAGAAAACCGAACGGUCUGAAGGAUCCGCCCCAGAAUAUCGCCGUGCUGCAAGAAUUGGCGUAUCUGACGCACAAACGGGACGUCGACGAUUAUAUAAUGGAGAAGAAGCGGUCGGAGGAACGCGAGAGGGACGCGGCCAAGGAGCGCGGUCUAAUGGAAACUUGUCGUUGUUGUUUCGACGACGAAGUUAUGCCGAAUAAUUGUUUCGGUUGUCCGGCUGGAUGUACGUUUUGCGGGGAUUGUAUAAGGAGGAGUUGCGAAGUGGCUUUGGGCGACGGGAAAACGGAAUUCAGAUGUUUGGAUAAUUGCCGGGAAGAAUUUUCGUUGCAGGUGCUGCAGAAGGUGCUACCUCCGAAGAUGUUUUCCAAAUUGGCGCAAAAGAAAAGUUUGGCGGAAGUUAAAGCUGCGGGUAUAGAAGAAUUGGAAUUUUGUCCUUUUUGCGAUUUCGCCAGCAUUCCCGUAGAAAACGACAAAAUAUUCCGUUGCCUUAAUCCGGAUUGUAUGAAAGAAUCGUGUAGAUUAUGUAAAGAAGAAAAUCACGUGCCGUACAAAUGCGACGAAUUAGAAAAGGACGAAGACGUUAGAGCUCGCAUUUUCGUCGAAAAUCAAAUGACCGAAGCCCUAUUGUGCAAAUGUUACAAGUGCGGUACCAGUUUUUUCAAAGAAGAAGGUUGCAAUAAGAUGACGUGUACGUGCGGCGCGAAUAUGUGUUACGUUUGCAAACAACCGGUUAAAGAUUACAAACAUUUCAACGGCAUAGGCGGUACCGAGUUCCAUUUGUGCCCUUUGUACAGCGAUACCAACGAGAUAAAUAAGAGGAACGUCUCCCUGGCCGCCGAACAAGCCAAAUCCAAAAUAGAUCCCGCUAAAUUGAAGGUCGAUCCCGCUUUGGACGUGACGGAGCAUUACGAAAAAAGGAAAAAGGAGUUGCCAGUGGAGCCCUAUCUCGAGCUGCUGAAUCAACAGAUGCAGUUGCAUUAUCUUCAAGGGCAGAGGGGGGGUCGUAGGCGUCAACAACAUUUCCAUCAUCAUCAUCAUCACCAUCAUCAUCAACAUCCUUAAUUUUUAUUUUUUUAAUUUUCGUGUAUAGAUUGUUUGAUAUUUGUAUUAACGUACUUUGAAUGAUUGGGGAUGAUGUGUUUCUAAUUAUUUUGGGGUUUCGGAAAAUGUUUUAUAACGGAUAUAUAUUGUGUUUAUUGUAUGUUUUGUUGAAUCGAUUUUUUCAAUUUGGUUGUUUGGAAAUUUUCGUCAAAAUUUGGUUCAAUUCCACCAAAAAUCAUUUUUUCAAGAAUCUUGAUACGCCACUGGUUUUUAUUUGUGUUUAAAACGGUUCGUUAUAAAUUUUUUGUGAAAAUUGAGUGGAUUUUUCAAAAUUUGUAACUAAACAAUUCGAAAAGUUCGUUAAAAAAAUGUCUACGCCUCUGGUUUGAUCGAUUUCUAAUUGAAAAUUUUCGUCAAAAUUUGGUUCAAUUCCACCAAAAAUCAUUUUUUCAAGAAUCUUGAUACGCCACUGGUUUCUAUUUGUAUUAGAAACGGCUCGUUAUAAAUUUUUUGUGAAUAUUGAGUGGAUUUUUCAAAAUUUGUAACUAAACAAUUCGAAAAGUUCGUUAAAAAAUGUCUACGCCUCUGGUUUGAUCGAUUUCUAAUUGAAAAUUUUCGUCAAAAUUUGGUUCAAUUCCACCAAAAAUCAUUUUUUCAAGAAUCUUGAUACGCCACUGGCUUUUAUUUGUGUUUAAAACGGUUCGUUAUAAAUUUUUUGUGAAAAUUGAGUGGAUUUUUCAAAAUUUGUAACUAAACAAUUCGAAAAGUUCGUUAAAAAAAUGUCUACGCCACUGAUUCGAUCGAUUUCUAAUUGAAAAUUUUCGUCAAAAUUUGGUUCAAUUCCACCAAAAAUCAUUUUUUCAAGAAUCUUGAUACGCCACUGGUUUUUAUUUGUAUUAGAAACGGCUCGUUAUAAAUUUUUUGUGAAAAUUGA